AUGGCAUCAGCGGAAGGACUGGGGAACCAGCCGCUUGUGAUUGACAAUGGCAGCGGACUCAUGAAGGCUGGAUUCGCAGGGGGAGAGACGCCUCAAGUCGUGUUUCCGUCCUUUGUAGGCACGACGAAGCACACGCGGAUGAUGCCGGGCGGGGCGUACGAAGGCAGUGACGUGUUUGUGGGGAACCGCGUGCACCAGCACCGGGGGUUGUUUACGAUCCAGUAUGCCAUGGAGCACGGCAUUGUCACGGACUGGAACAGCAUGCACCGGAUCUGGCAGCACGUGUACUCGAAGGAGAUGCUCAAUGUACAGAGCGAGGACCACCCGGUGCUCCUCACGGAGGCGCCAUUGAACCCCGUGGUGAACCGGGAACGGGCAAGUGAAGUGUUUUUUGAAGCGUUCAACGUACCGUCGCUCUUUGUCUCGCCUCAAGCUGUGCUGAGUCUCUAUGCCUCGGGACGUACCACCGGUGUGGUACUUGACGUGGGUGACGGCGUGGCCCACGUCGUGCCAGUCUAUGAAGGCUUUACGCUGCCUCAUGCUAUAACUAGGAUGGACGUGGCUGGACGAGAUGUGACGCGGCACUUGCAGCUCCUGCUGCGUCGAGCUGGCUAUAAUUUCCAGACGUCAGCAGAAUACGAGGUCGUGCGGGAGAUCAAGGAGAAACUGUGCUAUGUGGCGUUCAACCCUGCCAAGGAAGAGCAGCUGGAAGCGGAAAAGUCGGCCCUUGCUGUCAAGGAUAUGCUCAUUGCCAAGAACAAGUCGACGACAAGUACGUCAGGCGACGACACGUGUGCCUACUACUUGCCAGAUGGCACGCUGCUCAAUAUUGGACCUGAAAAGUUUCGUGCACCAGAGGUGCUGUUCCGACCGGAGAUUAUUGGAUCCGAGGCACGUGGAGUGCACGAAUGUUUGGUGCAAGCCAUCAUGAAGUCGGAUAUGGACCUUCGUAAGACGCUCUUUUCGCAGAUCAUUGUUUCUGGUGGCUCGACGCUCUUCCCGGGGUUCGGUGACCGUUUGCUCGCCGAGGUGCGCAAGAAAGCACCCAAGGACAUCAAAAUUCGCAUCUCAGCUCCACCCACGCGCAUCUACUCUACAUGGAUCGGCGGUUCCAUUUUGGCUUCGCUGGCAACAUUCAAGAACAUGUGGAUCACCAAAAGUGAGUACGAAGAGUACGGCGCUUCGAUCCUGCAUCGAAAGACGUUGUAG